GCCAGACAGAGCAUAGGAACGUUAGACUCGUCUGAGACAGAGAGAGAGAAAUAGAGAGAGACAGAGAGAGACGGAGAGACGGAGAGACAGGAAGAGAGAGAGACAGAGAGAAAGAGAGAGAGAGAUACACAGAUACAGAGAGAGAACAAGAGAGAGAGAGCGAGAGAAGUAGAGAGCCAGAGAGAGAGUGGCAGAGAGUGAGAGAGAGAGAUUUAAAUUGUUCGUACUUUUAUAUUAAAAUGUGUAUAUUUUCCAAGUCAACAUUUGUAUUUUUAAUUUGCUAGAUUUUUUUUUGCUUCUUUGACAAAGUUACUUCAACGGAGAUGCAAGAGUCACAGAGAGGCCAUUUCAAGCUAACUGGAAGCUACGGCAAUUGGAACUAAUCGGAAGCUAAGUGCCACUGGAAGCUUAUUGGAAGCUAGGGUUCAAUCCUAGCUAACCCUAAGCUAACUAGAAGCUAGAUGCCAAACAAUGCUAAGAGGAAGCUAAGUGAAAGCUAACUGGAUGCAAACUGGAAGAUAACUUGAUGCUAACUGGGAGCUAUGGUCCACUGAAAGCUAACCUGUAGCAACUGAAAGCUAACCUGAAGCUAAUUGGAAGCUAACUGGAGGCUAACUGGAAGCUAGGAGUGGCUGUGCGGUCAGAGCCCAGAUGCAGGUGCCUGGGUGCUGGGUGCCCCACAUGAUGCUCUUUCCAGAGUCUAUGAGCCAUUCUGCUGAUCCUUCUGAGUGAGGAUGAAGGUCUGGGGAGGAGGAGGAGGGCAGAGGACCCACUGAGCAGACCUCAGGUCCUCAUGAGACAGGAGGUCCAUCUCCUCUCUCAGUCUGAACACCAGAGCUUCUCUCAGAAAAGCGGGAGAAAAUCAGAUUUCUUGUGAUCUCUGGUUCGGCUCGUUGACCCCUCGGACCAGCAGACCAUUGAGUACUGAUCCAUCGCCCAGCCCUCAGAGCAGACAUGAGGAACCAGAGGGUGGAGCGGAGGCCGGGGGGGCGGGCCAGUCCCAUUGCUGGAGCUCUACUGGCCGCACUGGUCCUACUGGCUCUACUGGGCCUGGCCGGCGGCUGUCCGGACGUGUGCAGCUGCGAGGGCAACACCACCGACUGCUCGGGUCUGGGUCUGGUGUCCCUGGGGGCCGCGGCCCCGCUGCCCCCGGGGACCACGGGCCUCUCCGUGGCCCAGAACAACCUCUCCUGGCUGGGGCCCGCCGAGCUGGCCAACCUGUCCUCCUCGGCCUCCCUGGAGGUGCUGGACCUGUCCCAGAACCUGCUGGCCCGCCUCCAGCCCGGGCUGUUCCUGGCCCUGGGGGGCCUGAGGUGGCUCAACCUGUCCUCCAACGCGCUGGGCGCCUCCACCCACCUCCACCCACCACGGAACACCACCGAGGAGCCUGCCCUGAUGGGCUGGGACGGAGGGAGCGGCUCCAGGGGUCCGGGUCUGACCCGGGCCAGCUUCCAGGGGCUGUGGCGGCUCCGGGGUCUGGACUUGUCCGACAACGGGCUGGCGUGGCUGCCGGCCGGGCUGCUGGGCGGCCUGAGGGGCCUGGUCUGGCUGUCCCUGGCCCGGAACCGGCUCAGCGUCCUGGGGAGGGCCGUGCUGGAGCCCCUGGGGCGACUGGAGCAGCUGCAGCUUUCGGGGAACCCCUGGCAGUGUGACUGCCGGCUGGGGGGUCUGCGGCACUGGCUGGACUGGAUGGUCUACAGGGGCGGCCAGCUGGACUCCCUGACCUGCGUCCUGCCCCUGGAGGUCAAGGGUCGUGAGGUGCGCAGCCUCCCGGCGGAGAUGUUCCUGCGCUGCCUGUAUGACCCGUCCUCCCCCUCCUCCCCCUCCCCGCGGGCCCCCUGCCCCCACCGCCCCCACUCCGGGGGGGAGGACUGCGUGCGGACGCGCUACAGGCCGGCCAGCGUGCGGCGGGCCGGGGCCACGCAGGCGGUGGCGGGCGUGGUCUGCGGCACGGUGUGUGUGAUGAUGGUGGUGGCCGCCACCUACGGCUGCGUCUACGCCUCCCUGAUGGCGAGGUACCAGCGGGGCGCCAAGCGCCGCGGGAAACCCCUCCUCCUGCAGGGCGGGGCCACGGGGAUGGGGGCGGGGCCUACUGUGAGCCUGACCUCCCCAGAGGAGGAGGAGCAAGAGGAGGAGGAGGAGGAGGAGGAUGAGGAGGAGGAGGACGGAGAGGCUCCGCCUAAAGAACCCUGCCCGGUCGUCCCUAGUUACCGCAUCAGUAGCUUCUGAUUGGACGAUGGAUCGCGUGGGGGCGGGACGUUGAGCUAGGGUUCCUGAUAUCGUUUUGAGUCUGGGGGGUUGUCCCGGGUUAGGGUGUAAAGGUUCAGGGUUCAAACCCCACUGUUCAAUCUCCCAUUCACAUCUUUGAACCAGAUGACCUCUGACCUCUGCUGGCUCCUUAUUGUCAUGCCCCUGAACUCACUGGAAGUCACUCAAGGACUAAACCCAUAACGUUGUGAGAGCCCACAUGACGAGGAGCUACUGCUGACCACCUGAUCUCGCUCAUCCCUUCCCAGAAUGCAGCGUUAAGCCUCAUAAUAAUGUACCUCAGUUCCUCUGCAUUAAGAUGUCUAGAAAGUUGAUUAGUCUGUUGUUCAGAGCCUAAAGCUACCUCCUCUUCUGACCUCGUGGUCUGUUGUGUUUAGUCAGAGGAGCUCUCUGAUGGACUCAGAGUCCCUGCUGACCUGCAUCUGUGUCUAGUUCUCCUCAGUUCCUGCUAUGUUCCCCCUCAUAUUUUUCCCAUGACUGCAACUGAACCAUAGCUGCUAGUGAGCACUAGUGAGGAUAGCCAAAGAGAUCUUGAACUUGUUUGACCUUUAGGACCUCAACAUCGAUCCAGACCACAACCAUUGCUGGAAAUACUGUGGAAAGUGUAGAGCUAGUUAUCUAGAUGUUGUAGCUUACAUGGACACCCAUAUUACAAUCGAUGAGAGCUGACCCUAACCCUAACUAUGUGUUCCUCAGAAAAGUCGAUAGGACACUAAGCACCUGUACUGAUUCUGUGUGUUUACCUCUGAGGACCCAAUAAAGUGUUUCCAUGA